CUAGUUUAGUAAAUAUCCGUGCUACGCUAUUGGCUAUUGCUAUUUGUGUGUGCUAUACUAUAAUAUGUCGGUGCAUUGCUAGGCGUUAGGUACAUUAGAUUGCACAGGAUACGGGAACUGGAAUACAAACGCCAGCGUGGAAAGCCACACAAAGUUAAUUUGUCUUUAUUAGAUUGGGAGAACGUGUCAUUUUCUGGAACAAUGUAUUUUUCUUUAUUACCGAAGGUGAUGGCCACCACGUCACUGUUACUACUGAUUUGGUUUAGCCACUGCGUAAAGGGAAGUAAUGUGAAUUACGCAUUAGAUGAGGGCUUGGUUACUUUCAUUAGUGAACCAAAGAUAGUAUUAUUGGAACAUGAGCGUUAUCGACGGGACGCUCCAGCCCCGACGACGGCCGUGACGGAAUCUUCCACGACAGUCGCGGUCCCUGUAUCAAAUGGAUCCUCCAAGCCAACUCAAACAACACCCACAGAAGAUACCAAUAGGACAGUAAACAACACUACCAAGCCCUCUACCCCAUCUGAAGCUACGGUCACAAGGAUCCCGUUGUUGGGAGUCAAUGGCAGUGGAAUAUUGCGCGUUAACCUCACUGAGAAUAUGCCUAAAGUGAGUGAGCCGCUUCUACCCGACGAUAAUACCUCUGAUGUGUUUCGGGAAACUCCUGAAACGAUUAAAGCUGAACACAAUCUAACCAGUUUGGUUUAUGACAAUCACAUGUUCUACAAUAGCACAUUCAUCGGCAAUGUGUCCUAUGUGAAGGAAUAUUGGGCAAACAUCACUGAACGUAAACCUGAAAUACACGAAGUCCUCAGUAACUCGCAUCGACGUGCCACGACGUUGAAGUUGAGUUUUGAUUUUCCAUUCUACGGUCAAGAUAUACGGAAUAUAACUGUAGCAACUGGCGGGUUUAUCUACACUGGCGAGCAUGUACACAACUGGCUUGCUGCCACGCAGUACAUUGCACCAUUGAUGGCUAACUUCGACACCACUCUUACUAAUGAUAGUAUGGUUAAAAUGUAUGAUGACGGAACAAAGUUUACCGUGAUCUGGGAGAAUGUGACACUGCAAGAAGAUGCAACAAAAACAUUCACGUUUGCAGCAACUCUGAACAAGAAUGGAGAUAUUGUAUUCACAUACAAAGACAUCCCAAUACCCGUUCAGCAAAUCAACGAUAAGGAGCAUCCAGUUAAAGUUGGCAUCAGCGAUGCUUAUUUAAAAGAUAAAUACCUAUUCAGUGUAAGACAUAAAACAAUCUACGAGUAUCAUCGCGUCUCUUUCAAGAAUCAUGAGAUUUCAAACAACACAAUAUUGAAAUUGACAGCGCUGCCGACCUGCAUACAGUACAACACAUGCGAGAGUUGCGCCAACCACAACACCGGCUUCCAGUGUCUAUGGUGUGAACAGAUUCGUAAAUGUUCAAGCGGCACCGACAGGAACAAACAAGAUUGGAUAGUUAGAAAUUGCGAUAGAGAGCCUGUGAUGAACUUAUCGUCUUGCCCCGCACAUGCACCGAUCAACGCGCCCUCUGACAACAGCAACACAGCCUACACUACUGACGGACAAAACAACUCUGUAGUUGUUGUUAGCACAGUUCACACCGGUGCGGAUAAGACGAGUAGCGAGCGUGUGGGUGUGGCGAGUGGUGUGGGCGCGGCGGAGCGGUCGCCGGUAGGGGGCGCUGUCGCGGCCUUCGUGCUCGUAGCUCUCGUAUGCUGUCUCGCCGCUUGGAUACUAUACGCGUUCAAGAACCCGCACACCCGCAGCGGACAGUUCCUUAUUAAGUAUCGACCUUCCCAAUGGGGAUGGAGACGCGGUGAAGCUCGGUACACUGCAGCUACUAUACAUAUGUAAGCAGCUCUGCGCACAGUCAACUUCAACAAUUCUCACUUGUAUCGUCAAAUAGUAGCGCGGAUUGCGUUUGAUCCAUUACCUAGUUUAGUACUUCAGGAUGUAAUCCACCAAUGACCGCCCAUUUUAGCCUUAAUAACCGUCCGUAUUUUAAAUAAAUACCAACAUUGCCUCAAAUUGCAAGACUCCUAGAUUUUCAACAAAAUUUUUCCAAUGAUCGGUUUGUAAUUGUCUAAAUUAUUGAGUAAAAAAUAUACAAGACAAUUUAUCACUUUCUCUUUUGUAAUCGGUUUAAAUAACUCUAGAUAUGAACUGUCCAUGCUUUUAUGCAGAUCUUGUUACAAUGUUAUAUAUGUACGUAAGUAAAGCUAAUGUAAGGCCCUGUUAAAUAUACUAUAAUGUAAAUAUCUCUACUCAGCUUUUUCCCGAGUACAAAUUAAUAGACGUGCCUUAAAUUUUAUAACACUGCCACACACUGUAUAUAAAUUUAAUUUAAUAUUAUAUCGCCUGAAUAUAAUAUUAAUCAAUGAUUUCCGAUUUUCAUACAGUUACUGAGAUAAUUGAAACAUGUAAUUAAUUUAUGUAGGUAUUCCUUUUUACAGUUUAGAAAAAAAUUAUAAUAUCGAAAUGAAAACUGAUCAGCUAUAUUUUAAUAUAUUUUUUUUAUAAUUUCACCUUUUCGUUGUUUUUAUAAACGUAAACUAACAAACCGUCCAAUUUCCAUGUUUGUUAUUAACGCAUGAAAUUAUAGUAAGGCCCUUUUAUAAGUGAAAAAUGAUUUGACUGAAAUCUAUCUUAUUCGAUCUUAUACGGGAAGGGAUAUUUAACAAAAGUUUUAUCUGAUAGAGGGAUACCACACGAGCAGUGCGUCGCGUCACUGUAGAGCAAACUAACCGUUUAGUGAAUGGUGGCGCCACUUUCGACAAGUACAAUAAAUCGUAUAACGCAGAAAUUACCCCCUGUAACGCUAAUAUUCUCAACAAUAUUUUUAAAGGACCCCAUAACGCGAUUUAUGGUUCUGCCCUAUGGUAAAACGUGUUAUAAGGUGGUUUACAGACCAUUCUACUAGAAGCUAUGUUGUACGUUGUCCUCUGUAACCAAUGGGCGAUAUGGCCACUGUUCGUGUGGCAUCUUUCUGAUGCCAUAAAAUGUGAUACGUAAAAAUGGUUUUAAAAGAUAACUUAUGUGUUUAUAAUGCAGCUUAUUGAUGUAAAACAUUAAAAUGGUGAAGAAAUCAAAAUUAUGUAUUUGAAAAAAAGGACAAAAUAUAAUGUAAUAAUUAAA